AUGAAUGAGAAGACAAGUAUGCCUAUUCAUUUGGAAUCAUAUCGUUUCCAUUGGUGGUGUAAUUUUGUAUAGAUUCCCGCAGAAAUGAUCCCUGUGCUUUUUCUUCGUUAAAAUGCUCAAUGGGAUCCGCUUUGUUUUUAUUUGAAUUGAUAUUUUAAGAGUCUGCUAUUACAUUGCUCGGGACUUUUGUGGACUUUAUCACAGUCAGCGUUUUCGCUGGUUAUGGUCGUGCUACUCUCAUCCCACACUCAAUAUAGUGAACAGAUCUCACAUCAUUGGUCUCAUGAUGUCUUGGCUUCUCUCUUCCAAUGUGCAACUUUAGUAGUAGUGUUAUUUCCAGCCUCUAUUAUUACUUUUCUUGCUGGUAUUUAUAUCGUUUAUUUUCGGCUCCCAGAAACUCUCCUUCACGGUGUUCUCAUUGUUGCUAGGGUGUAGUCUUUCCAUUUAACAGCGAGUGUAACACCUCUUUCCAGGCCAAUGUGCAGAGAAAGGAAGAAACUUGCAUAGAUUCGCAAAAUCAUUUUCAAGUGAAAACAUAGAAACAACAUUUUGGCUAGCGCUGUUUGUUAAUUUUUCAUAAAUUUAAAUCUGAAUACCGUGGAAAAUAUAUGUUGAGGUCUGUUAAGUCAGAAAUGCUUUUUCAAAUGAGAUGUUUGUUCCUCUUGACAGAUCAGUGACCUAAUUAGUUAGCGACCCUGAUCUUUAAGGACACUGAUAUUUAGUGACAUUGCAGUUUCUUCCCUCAGAAAAAUUUCUGCUCGGUUAAUAAAUGUUAAUCAUAUCUUGACUUCGAGUUACUUAUCAAUUACGGUUACUCUUAUAAAUAUGGGGUUUUUACUUACGGUAAAAAUUGCUGAGUGGUCGGCUCCCAGUUCUGUCGCACACAUGAAUCAGAAGGAUCCCGUCUAACAUGGUGAAUUGGUACAUCUAGUGUCGAAAACAUGAUAGCCUGGUUAUUUGCUCCGAGGAGAACGCCAUUGAGCUACAGUACAAUCUGUGAGAGAGGUCCAACCACAGCUACUCAAUAUUGAGAUGACCACUGAGGUAGUAGCCUUAGCAACAAAAAAAAUAUUGAUAAACUAUUUAUUUAUUUAAAAUUUCUAUAGUUUUUUUUAAUUUCAUUAUAUGAUUGCAUUGUAGAAAUAUUUGAGUUGUCUGAUAAUGAUCUGCGACAAAUUUUCUCAUUCCUACACAAUAUGGAAAUUCUGCUCUACUCCUUCCCUUCCUCUCUUUGUUACAACUAGAAAGCGAACUGAUUGCUCGUGAAAUGUUGUAGAGGUUGGAAUUGGCCUCUUAGGUUGUGGGGCCUUUUUUGCGUUUCUGGGCAUCGUUCUUUUCUUUGACAAGGGCCUUUUGGCUUUAAGUAAUGUAAGAAAAAAAAAAAUCCCCUUCUAGUUUAUUUUGUCUUAAAGUUUUCCAUGCUAUUACCUUUUAAGUUUUUUUUCUUUUCAGAUUUUUUGUUUCUCUGGGGUGGUCCUUUUACUUGGCUGGCAGUCCGCAUGCCAAUUGCUUAUGAAUAAAAAGAAUUACAAGGUACUGUGCAUAUAUUUUCAUUUUCGUUGUAUUUAUAUGUUCAGCAACUUGUGUGAAUUUACUCUGAGCAUUAAAUUUGGCGUAAGUAUCAAGCAUCUGGAAAUUUGUGAUGGAACUGAUAGUUUUGGAUAUGUUAAUAUUUUACCUGUCUUGUUGAUUUUUGCAUGAUAAAAAUGAUGUCUCUUGCGAUGUUUUGUUCACCCUUUUGCUGUCAUAUGUCAUAUAAGGAUCUUAGUCUUUAUUGGUAUAGUUCUUAAACUUUUGUAACUUGACACCUUUCAUUUGUGUGAGGCUGUGACACAGUCCGGUACACAUUUUAUCUAUAUAUUCUUAACCUAAGUCGUGUUGUUUUUGUGCUGACCAUUGGUAUUGAUUAUCCAGCUUGUAAAACGCCUUCGAUGAGGAAAAUUUUCUCAGGCCUGGUUGAUCCCAUAUUGUCCCAUAAGAAAUUGGAGGAAGAUUGACGUGUGACAGGGGAGUAGACAGGGGUUGGGACAUUCUGAAGGAUUAAAAUGACGGGUAAAGAUGCAUUGGAUGGGGAGGGACGGGGUGUAUGUGUGUGUUGGGGGUUAUAUUCCCCAAGGCGAAGAGUGGAAGCUUGCUCGACCAACAUUUGUUAAUGGGUUCCUUUCGUGUCAAAUCUAAUGAGAAGAGAUCUGUGCCCGCAGAACAUGAUAUCUGUCACACCGUGUGUGAGGGCUGUCACAAUACCCCUUAGGCUUAUCCCAACUCUUGUUUAUUUUGAGUUGAACAAGACUUUCAUUCAUAUUAAAUAUUUUUUUCAGGGUUCUAUAUGUUUUAUCCUUGGUAUAUUCUCAAUACUUCUCCGGUGGCCUAUUGUGGGUUUUAUCCUGGAAAUAUAUGGAACAUAUGUGCUCUUCAGGUCCUUUUCUUCCUAGACCUCAGAACUUUCCAGGUUAAAAUUUUCUCUUCUUCCUGCUGAAUUCUCUUUGCAUCGGUUUUCUGCUUCCUAGGGGGUUUUUGCCUUCUGCCAAGGAAUUCAUAAAUCAUAUGCCGGGGGUCGGAUCGCUUCUGCACUAUCAAUUCCAGGUAUUAAUUAUACCAAUUUCCUAUGUUUUGCAUGACCUUUUUAUAUCUUGAAAUUCUUUUACAGAAAUUGUGUUAAAGGUUUUUAUCCGACAAUUUAUUUAUUUAUUUUGAAUCUUUGGACAUCAUGUUUACUCUUAUGAUCCUUUUUACAAUGCAGCUCCUUGACUACUUUCGGCAAAAGAUUGGUUGAUGAUUGUUAAAGCUUCCUUCAGUAAAUACCAAGUUAGAUUCUUGGCGGGUAUUUGAGUGAAGGCAUGUGUUUAUCAAUAACACCCUAAUUUCUUACAUGCCGCAAAAAAAUUGUUUUGCUACUUGAAAAAUCUGUAUUGUAACUUCGCUUAUGUGAACCAUUUAACUAACCAAAUUAAGCUGCCAUAGAACACGGUUUUGGGAUCACAAGAUUCUUGCUGAAGCAUUAUGAUAAGAAAAAACGCUGUUAAACUCGUUAAAAGCCACUUGGGUUGAUAGUGCCAACAAUUUAGGUAAUAAAUUGAAAAAAUAUUUGGGGGAGGUAAAAAGUGCCAAAACCUACGAGAAAAUAGUUGGCAUGCAUUAAACAGAAAAAACUGAUUAUAAAAAGAUGAUCACGUAAUUGUUAACCGCCACAUUUAUAAACUGUCAGCACUUUAUGGAAAUGGUUAAGUAAACAACACUUGGAGGGAAGGGUUGACGCUUAAAAAGAGAACCAAGUCAAAAAAUGAGGAAAUGAUACCUGAAGUUCAAGACAACCUUAAAAAGUUGAAGCUCAGAACCCAUUUUAAGAGAUGACAUAUAAGAGCAGAAGACAACUCUAAUCGCUGAAACCCAAGAGCCAGAAAUCACGCAUUGGCACUAGUUUUAGACUAAAUACUCGAGGAUAGUAAGGAAAAUUAAUGGUACAAGUGAUGACAUUGGAAUCUGUAAUUGUUGCCUUCUGAUGUCUGUAAGUAUUGAACUUCAAAGUAUCAACAGCAAUCAAAGAAAGUUACCGUCUUCGAGUGGUUGAAGGUGAUAAAUAUUCACAAAUUAAAGCUGUCAAAAUAUCAACGGAAGAGUGAGAGCAUGAACCUUAAUUAGAGAAUCGGAGAAAAAAAUACUCCAAGUUCAAAAGGUGUCUAGGUUCACUUUCCAAGUGGUCUCCUCAAGGAUUUCACUGUGCAAUUGUGAUCGACAUAUUUUAACUCAAAGGAUUAUGCUAGUUUUGUUUAUAAGUUUGCCGUUGUGUAAGACUUGGCAUAUUGUGUGAAGAGUUAAUUAUGCCUUGAGAAAUCAAAUUUGUGCUAAGUUAAGGGUAUUAUAGUAAAAUGGGUUGAGUAGCGUGGAGUAGAUCUGGAGCAGACCAAACCAUAUGCCACAGUGUCUUUGUGUGAUUGUCUAUCUCUAACUCAAUUUGAUUCUUCAUUCAUUUCACUGCAAAACCAUUUGCCCUCUUUUUGUAAAGCCGAUUUCUUUUAUGGGACUUUAGUAUUCAUUGUGCAUAACUACAAUUUUUUUUUAGUUGUGUUCUCAAAUUUUAUCAGUCAUAGAAAAUAUAUUCAUUAUUUGACUGGAUUGUUGUCGUCAAAUGAUAAAUCAUAAGUGUGCAGGUUGUCUAUGGUCCCAUUUAUUCACAACUCUGUUUGAUAUUUUUGUCUGAAUGAAAGCUUAUCCUGUAACUUGUGGAGAGGGAUGAAUAGAUCCAUAUUUCAGAAACGAGAGGGACUCCGAAGCAAUCAUGCGCAAAAGCAGUCUGAGGGAAUCAAAUUUCUUUAUAUUUAAUGGAAAUUACCGAGGAAAAAUGCAAAGUUCUAAAUCUUAGUAUAAACGGGGAUGUUCAUGCUGCUGCGAUUUAUUAACAGAGUUAAUUCUGUCCCUAAGUGGUAAAUUUAUUGAGAGUACAAUUUGUUGACUUCAAGGACUCAUAUAUGUUUGUGUCUUACCCAAUUUUGGGAUAUCCUUUUAGAUUCUAUGAACUAAGCCUUUUAACUGCUCCUUUUCAGUAUAUUAGCUCUAA